AAAAAAAGUAUUUCAUUAUAGUUAAACAAAUAAUGUAAAAGAGGGGUGAGUUCUGGGGCAGCUCCAUGCUGUUUAUCUGGCAUGAGCUUGUUUUUAUAAGAAUUCACUUCAAGUGUGGAAGGGAAAUGCUUUCAUCUGAAAGGGACUGCUGUGCUUCAUUCCGGUUUCUCCCUCCAUCUGAUAAAAACUCUUGCUGAGUGACAGCACAGAUGUAGCUCAUUUGAAACAAAUGAAGGAAAAGGAGAAAAGGGAUAGGGGUGGAGCCAAGGAGUAGUCAGUCAUGUUUCCAAAGUCCCGCGGUUUCCCCUGGUCUUUUCAUUCACCCCAGCGGCCCUGGUGUCCCCCUGCAAAGUGCGAUGCCCUCGCCCCUGGCCCUACGCCCCUACCUCCCCAGCGAGUUUUCCCCGUCGGUGGACGCCCGGCCCUGCAGCAGUCCCUCAGAGCUCCCUGCGAAGCUGCUUCUGGGGGCCACUCCUCCUCGGGCCCCGCGGCUGCCGCGCCGGCUGGCUUGGUGCUCCAUUGACUGGGAGCAGGUGUGCUUGCUGCAGAGGCUGGGAGCCGGAGGGUUUGGCUCGGUGUACAAGGCGACUUACCACGGUGUUCCUGUGGCCAUAAAGCAAGUGAACAAGUGCACUAAGAACCGACUAGCAUCUCGGCGGAGUUUCUGGGCUGAGCUCAACGUAGCAAGGCUGCGCCACGAUAACAUCGUGCGCGUGGUGGCUGCCAGCACGCGCACGCCCGCGGGGUCCAACAGCCUAGGGACCAUCAUCAUGGAGUUCGGUGGCAACGUCACUUUACACCAAGUCAUCUACGGCGCCGCCGGCCACCCUGAGGGGGACGCGGGGGAGCCUCACUGCAGCACUGGAGGACCGUUAACUUUGGGAAAGUGUCUCAAGUACUCCCUAGAUGUUGUGAACGGCCUGCUCUUCCUCCACUCGCAAAGCAUUGUGCACUUGGACCUGAAGCCCGCGAACAUCUUGAUCAGUGAGCAGGAUGUCUGUAAAAUUAGUGACUUCGGUUGCUCUGAGAAGUUGGAAGAUCUGCUGUGCUUCCAGACACCCCUUUACCCCCUUGGAGGCACAUACACCCACCGCGCCCCGGAACUCCUGAAAGGAGAGGGAGUGACGCCCAAAGCCGACAUUUAUUCCUUUGCCAUCACUCUCUGGCAAAUGACUACCAAGCAGGCGCCCUAUUCGGGGGAGCGGCAGCACAUACUGUACGCAGUGGUGGCCUACGACCUGCGCCCGUCCCUCUCCGCUGCCGUCUUCCAGGACUCGCUCCCCGGGCAGCGCCUUGGGGACGUCAUCCGGCGCUGCUGGAGACCCAGCGCGGCGCAGAGGCCGAGCGCGCGGCUGCUUUUGGUGGAUCUCACCUCUUUGAAAGCUGAAUUCGGCUGACUGAAAACCUGCGUCAAGAUAAGCUUGUGUCUGUUUCUGUUUGUUUUUAAAGGAAGUGGAGAUGUCGAAGAAAACAUAUUUGUGGGAUGGAGUUUUAGAAAAUAAAGUUACUAAAAACUC